CUUCCAAACAAACUGCAUGCCAAAAAAAUCUUCAGCAACCUCUCUAAAGAGCUUCUGCAAUCUCCUGCCAGAAGCCUCAAACCAGCUUCAACCCUUCAUAACAUGGCUUGGGCAGUUUCCAUUGGACCGAUGCAUCUUGCAUUUGCAGCCACUUUUGCUGCUGCAAUCUGUUUCCCAGGUUUUGCUAAUGGCCUAUCCGCGGAAACAGUCAUCGACUCUCCUCUAUUGACAGAGAAGAUUGGCACCAAUAGGACAAUCAAGGUUGAUCUCAGUGGCAAUGGAGACUUUACAUCUGUUCAAGAAGCCAUUAAUUCUGUUCCAAAGGGAAAUUCUGGAUGGGUUAUUAUCCAUCUCAGGAAAGGGGUUUACCGAGAAAGGGUGCACAUACCAGAAGAUAAACCCUACAUCUUCAUGAGAGGUAAUGGGAGAGGAAGGACUGCUAUUGUCUGGUCCUUGAGCUCUACUGUCAACAAGGCCUCCGCCACAUUUACGGUUGAAGCCAAACAUUUCAUUGCCUUUGGCAUUAGCUUCAAGAAUGAGGCACCCACCGGCAUUGCUUAUACCUCUCAGAAUCAGUCAGUUGCAGCUUUUGUGGGUGCAGAUAUGGUUUCAUUUUACCAUUGUGCUUUCUUUAGUACCCACAACACUCUCUUUGACUAUAAAGGAAGGCAUUACUAUGACAACUGCUACAUCCAGGGCUCAAUUGAUUUCAUUUUUGGCCGUGGAAGAUCAAUUUUUCAUAACUGUGAGAUCUUUGUGCUGCAAGACAAGAGGAUUCAGAUUCAUGGGUCUAUUACAGCUCAAAACAGGGGAAGUCCAAAUGACAACAGCGGUUUUGUGUUUGUCAAAGGAAAGGUUUAUGGCAUUGGAGGUGUAUACUUGGGAAGGGCUAAAGGGGCCUAUUCAACUGUGAUUUUUGCAAAUACAUACCUGUCUAGGACAAUAGUACCCCAAGGCUGGACAGAUUGGAGCUACCACGGAGGUCCAGAUAAUCUAUUCCAUGCGGAAUACCAGUGCUAUGGGCCAGGAUCUGAAACAAAUGAGCGAGCUCCUUGGGCAAAACAACUGACAGAAAAGGAAGCUGAAUAUUUGACUUCCAUUGAUUUUAUCAAUGGCAAGGAUUGGCUGCCUGUAUGGCUAUGAACUUUUCCCGUGUGGCAUUUUAACGGCCUCCAGGCUUCCUACUUGAAGUUGGCUGGUUUCAUGCAUAGUCUGGCCUGAAGGCCUUGAGCUCAGAUGAAAACCUUUUUUGUAGAAGCUAAUUUUUCUACAGCACUGCAAGUGCACACGGAUUUUGUAAUUUCUGUAUUUCAAUUCUAUUCAUUAGCCAAAUAAAUCUGUUGCUGGUUUGAACUAUAGCUUGAAUGGUAGACUGGUAUCAAGCGCAUUUCUUACUUUUUUCAUCCAGGGCAAUUAAUGUUGAUAUUACAGAAAAAAUCUAUCAGUCCAACGUGACACGACAAUUAAUAUAUGGGAAAUUGUUUC